UCGCAGAACCAGAGAAUAUCAAUCCAUGGCUUUUGCUUGGGGCGUGCGGAAGUCAGCAACUAAGCUCGCUUCCGUAUGUGGUCGAGUCCGGUCUAUCUCGGCGGUUGUGAACCGUCCGUCUCUAGCUCUGAACCCGUCUCCGCUGAGUCAUUUAGUCUCUCGUGGCUUUCUUUACACGAUGGCUGUUGAUCAGCUGACCUCUGAGCAAACCCUUCUCCUUGUGAUUGAAUCCGAGCUCAAUUCUGCUUUGCAAACCGAUGAUCGCAAUUUAGAGGAAGAGAUGGAUCUAGGAAGCUUCCCUUUUAGAAUUGAAGACGAUCCUGGAGAUCAGAGUGUAACAAUGACUAGAGACUACAAUGAGGAACAUAUUGAAGUUUCAUUAGGCAUGCCUUAUCUUGGUGCUGAUGUCAUUGAUGCGUUUGGUACUCGUAAGGAUGAACUAAGUUUUCCACUAGUUGUGACUGUUACCAAGAAGAGCGGACUCAGCCUAGAGUUUACCUGCGAGGCUUAUGCUGAUUAUAUUGACUUAACAGAUUUAACUGUGAAUUAUCCGGAGGAUUCUUUGGAGUAUCUAAUGGAAACUGACUGGCCUCGUUUCAAAAACUUGGACGAUAAUCUGAAGAAGGCGUUCCAAAGGUAUCUAGCGACCAGAGUUGAAACAAGCACAGUGAAACUCUUGCAUAAGUACAUGAUGAGCAAAAUAAAGAGAGAGUACUUAGUAUGGUUGAAGAAUGUUAAGAAGUUUGUGCAUGAAUGA